AAGACGAGUCCGGUGGCCCACAAAAGAAACUCUUCUCAUAAACAGUAAAACCAACGCCCAGAUCAGAUCCCUUUCAAAAUCCGGCUUCAAUCUAAAAUAGACCACAUUAAUAUACUAACAUUUUUUCAUCGGAAUAAAGAAAUCGAAAUGAAGGAUGAUGAAUCUCUCCCAACAUCAACAUUAGCUACAACAACAGCAAAUUCAAAGAAGGAAAACUCCGAUUCCAGUGUAUUCUCCAAAGGCCGGUACAAGUUUUGGGCAUUGGCCGCCAUUUUGCUAUUAGCAUUUUGGUCAAUGUUCACCGGCACCGUCACUCUUCGCUGGUCCGCCGGAAAUCUCAACCGUUUAUCCGACGAUAUUGAUUCUCCCAUCCACGACGAUCUCGACGUGCUUGAAAUGGAAGAGCGGGAGAAAGUAGUGAAGCAUAUGUGGGAUGUGUACACUAAUAGCCGUCGGAUCAAGUUACCGAGAUUCUGGCAGGAGGCUUUUGAGGCUGCUUAUGAAGAGCUGACUAGUGAUGUCCCUGACAUCAGAGAUGCUGCCAUUUCUGAGAUUGCUAAGAUGUCCGUGCGGUCAGUGGUUCUCGAUCCGCCGCCUUUUUCAUCCACGAAUGCUCGAGAGUUAAGCAAGAAUUUGAAGUUAAGAGGUAAAGAUGGGGCUGUGGCGAUUUCAAGUGGGAGCAGCAAAUGAUGAAUAGAUCAAUAACUAUAGGCUUGAUAUCCGAUUUGUUGUUCUAUAAUAGGUUGUGCUGCCACAAUCCAUGGCAUGUUGUGGAGGUAAUCAUACUCAAUUCUUUACGUUUUUUAUAUAGCGACAAACUAUGUAUCUAAUUAGGUUCGGAAUCUCCAAAGUUUUGCUUACACGAUCUUAACAGUAGCUAUGGAACAACCUUUUUGAGUAGGGGAUUUGAGUGCGAAAUUUUGUCAAAGAUUAUAGUUUAAAAGUGAGAAUUAUUUUUGAAA